GAGGCACGACGUACUGUUAUUAGGAUCGCUACGCGCGCCUCGGAGGAGGAGGAGGAGGAGGACGGGCAGUCGCCGGUAUGUUUCCACGUUCCACUUCGCGGGAUACGGGAUGCGGGAUCAGUUCGAGCGUACAUCGGAUUCGGUAUCGCGACGACGUCAUUGGCAGGGUUUGAGUACAACUUGCAUCUUGACGAAGCUGCCGACGGAAGAUGUCGUCUGCCGAUCAUCUCGGAACGUGAGUGACAAGCUGGAUCUUGGUAGCGCGUCGAUCGGCGAGGAGUUCCUGGAUACUUUAGAAAUUUUGCAACCACGGAGGACACUAACAACAUGUCUUACCUCGCUCUGGACUCCAACGCCUGGCAGUAUCAUAGUAUGCAACUAUGACGCACGAGCCAUUUUCGAAAGCGUAAAACGGGAUAGCCAAUGAAAGAUGCGACUAGGAAAACGAGGUAGAAAUACGGAAAUACAUCGAG